AAUAGGUUAAAAAUCAAUGUCAAAAAUAAAGUAGAGCUUUAUAACCUAUAAAAUUAUCCGAAUUUCAAAGCACAAAAUGAAUAUCCUGAAGACAACCGCAUCCAGAUUUCUUCGUCUGCCCAAUAUAACCUCAAAUUUUAAAUAUGCAACUGCAGUUGAGACAGCAAGCAAACCACAAGAAGUUAAUGAACCAAUUGAUAAGUUGUAUAAGACAAUCGAAUUAGAACUGAGAGGAAACGAUUCAGCUGUAUUAAAUAGUUUUGCAAAAUUCGCGACUACUGCUGGAAAACACUUGGAUGUUCAAUCAAAAUCAUGGAAUAUGAGGAAACCAGUACAUGAAAAAUUUACAGUCUUGAAAUCUGUACACAUUUACAAGAAGCACAGGGUACAAUAUGAAUUUCGAACAUAUUUCACAUUUGUUCAGUAUAAGCAUUUAACUGGAUCCACAGCAGACACACUUUUGGAAUAUGUUGAAAGGAAUAUACCUGAGGGUGUUGCACUUAAGGCAACAAAGGUUGAACUGCAAUUGUUACCUGAUCAUUUAGAACCACCAAAGGCAGAAUAAGUUAUUAUAAUAAUAAAAUUAGUUUAAUUUUU